AUGAUAGGGUCUUAUGGCCUUUCCUGUUGCAAGUGCUUCGCUGCUUUGAAUUUUUCAGUUCUUGUAAAUGGGGAUUCAUAUGGUUUAAUUAAGUCGACUCGGGGUCUUAGGCAGGGGAAUCCCAUUUCGCCGGCCCUCUUUGUUAUUGGAGCUAAGGUGUUGUCUCGAUCCCUAAAUACGCUGGUUACACAGGGACAGUUCAUCGCGUUCAAAGUCCCUUCCAGGUGCCAAGCUAGCACGCAUUUUGCGUAUGCCGAUGAUGUGAUCAUCAUCUCCAGCAGAGGGAGAUCCUCUCUAGCCCGGAUCAAGCGGGCUGCAGCGAUUGAUCAGAUCCUUGGUUUCCAAAAACGAGUUUUCCCGGUUCGUUAUCUUGGAUGCCCGUUUGGUAGCUCGUAUUCUAUCUUGGAAGAAUCAACUUUUAUUCGUGGAAGACCAAGUGGCGUUGAUCCAAAGUAUUUUAGCCUCAAUGCUGAUACAUUUAGUUGCAGCUGUGUCCCCUUCUCAAGGGGUACUGGUGGCCUUGGAGAGGUUGUUUGUCGAUAUCUUGUGGGGGUCAUCAGACUUUGGUUUCAAGUUCCACUGUGGAAGUUCCGACAACAUCAAUCGAUUUGGGCGGAUUUCAUGCCCAGGAAGCAUUGUGCGAGUCUGCACCCGUGUUUGGAUGAGGAGAGUCAAUGGUGCUCUCUUACGUGGAAGAGGAUGGCUGCAGUUCAGCAGGUAGGGGAGGACAAUAUCGGUUGGGUAGUACGUCAGGGAUCGAUAGAUUUUUGGCACGACAACUGGUUGGGGCCUGGAGCACUAUGUGGCAAGGUGGAGUACUUGGAUGCCAGGCUGGUUGGGCGAGUUCUACAGGUUGCUCCCCCAUCUUUCCGAGGACCAGAUCAUAUGGUUUGGAUGCUUAUGACAUCUGGCACUUUUUCCACGUCCUCGGCCUAUUCCCUCGUCUGUCAAGUUGAUAACCAUUCUCAAAUUUAUGCCUCUGUCUGGCAGCACGGUCUUCCUAUUAAGAUUUCUUUCUUCAUGUUGAGGCUGCUACAAGGCAGGAUACCUACCAUGGAUAAAUUGGUGAGGUUGGCCUCUGUGGCCUGUCCCGAUGUUGGUGUUGUCGGGAGCCGCAGGAGGAGAGGCUAG